UGUGGAGAGGCUCUAUAUGUCAGCUGGUAACUCAAGUGCUCUUUUCCUAACUGCUGCAGCUCAAAACCUCCUGUGCCUUAAAUUAGCUGAGGAACUUGGUGUUAAGAUUGCAAGUCCAUGGGUAUCCUGGUUUAAGGCUGCAAGUUUACCUGCCAUCAUUGCACUUCUAGUCACUCCAUAUCUUCUAUACAAGAUCUUUCCACCAGAAACAAAAGAUACACCAGAUGCUCCUGCUUUGGCUGCAAAAAAGCUCGAGCAAAUGGGACCUGUGACAAGGAAUGAAUGGGUGAUGGUUGGUACCAUGCUUCUUGCAGUUUCCUUGUGGGUCUUUGGGGAGGCUCUUGGUAUAGCAAGUGUUGUUGCAGCAAUGCUUGGUUUAUCUAUCCUUCUGCUCCUCGGAGUCCUGGAUUGGGAUGAUUGCUUAAGUGAGAAGUCUGCAUGGGAUACCUUGGCUUGGUUUGCAGUUCUAGUUGGAAUGGCCAGUCAGCUUACAAAUCUUGGAAUAGUUACAUGGAUGUCAGGAUGUGUGGCUAAGUUUCUUCAGUCUUUUUCUUUGAGUUGGCCAGCAGCAUUUGGUGUUCUUCAAGCAUCCUACUUCUUCAUACACUAUUUAUUUGCUAGUCAGACUGGGCAUGUAGGAGCCUUGUACUCAGCAUUUCUAGCCAUGCACUUAGCAGCAGGUGUACCCGGUGUAUUGGCAGCACUAGCCUUGGCAUACAACACUAAUCUCUUUGGUGCAAUAACACAUUAUAGCAGUGGCCAGGCUGCUGUAUACUAUGGAGCCGGUUAUGUAGAUCUUCCUGAUGUAUUCAAGCUGGGCUUUUUAACUGCUAUGCUUAACGCGUUGAUCUGGGGAGUUGUCGGGGCCUUCUGGUGGAAGUUUUUGGGCCUGUAUUGAGCCUUUUGCCGCAGAGUAAAUUUGAGAUAUAGGCUAUCUGCGUAUCCCCUUGAGAUGUAGUUUUUCCAUUUUGUAUUAUGGAGGGCAUCUGAUUGUUUCAACAAUCUCCAAUUCUUUUUAUAGAGGAAGGUGACUUACAGUUUCAUGUCAUGAUUUAUAUACUUCAUAGGUGAUGAUGGGAUUUGGGGUUUGAAUCCCUCGGCACAUUUUGAUU